UUAGCUGACCACAGAUGAAAACAAAAUCUAUAAUGGCAGCGCUAGAUUUUAUAAAAAACGCAAGUGAGGAGUUGAAGGAUGUGGCUUGUUCUGUUUGGAUGAUGCAGGAUUGCUUUAAGCAGUAAGCUUACUGUUUUCAGAUGGCAUUAGCAGCAUCAGUGAUAUAGCUGUGUCAGCCUCCUUGACUACUGGAUGUCUGUAAUCGCACGGAGGGAACUAUAUUUAAGAUCUGAUAUCUUGAGGGUAAUGACUCGAGCACUUACUGGUGGACAGAAUGGCUUUCUUCACUAGCCCUGAAGAUUUCGAAAGGUAGAUGGGUCUGUGAUGUACUUCUGUAAGACAGGAAAUGCAAUUUUUGGGGGUCUCUGGAAAUAGAAAGGUCAUGCAGCUUGGAACCGGUGAGACAUUACAGUCUCUAAGUCAUCAGAUGGGGAAGCUGAGGCACAGAGAUUAAGUGACUUUUCCAAGGCCACACAGCAAGUCAGUGGCAGAUCCAGGAUUAGCGCUCGGGGACUUCCUGGAUCCCUCUCCCAUGCUUUAAGCAGUAGACCACAGUGUUCACUGGACUCAGCAAGCAACUCAUUGCAAUAAUGGACAGUUCCAAGGACUCAUACCUGAGGAAUGAUGAAGAGGCUGUUGUGGAUAGAGGUGGAACUCGCUCCAUUCUCAAGACACAUUUUGAAAAGGAAGAUCUAGAAGGCCAUCGAACAUUGUUCAUUGGAGUUCAUGUGCCACUGGGUGGAAGAAAAAGUCACCGACGCCAUAGGCACCGUGGGCAUAAACACAGAAAGAGAGACAGAGAGCGAGAUUCAGGAUUAGAAGAUGGGAGAGAGUCUCCUCCGUUUGAUACCCCAUCACAAAGGGUGCAGUUUAUUCUGGGUACAGAAGACGAUGAUGAGGAACACAUUCCUCAUGAUCUUUUUACUGAGCUUGAUGAAAUUUGUUGGCGCGAAGGAGAGGAUGCUGAGUGGAGGGAGACAGCAAGGUGGUUGAAAUUUGAAGAAGAUGUAGAGGAUGGUGGAGAGAGGUGGAGCAAGCCCUAUGUUGCCACGCUGUCGCUUCAUAGCUUGUUUGAGCUGAGGAGCUGUAUCCUGAAUGGCACAGUCCUUUUGGACAUGAGAGCUAAUUCCAUAGAAGAAAUUGCAGAUAUGAUUCUGGACCAGCAGGUGGGUUCUGGACAGCUCAGCGAGGAUGUUCGUCACAGAGUGCACGAGGCAUUACUGAAACAGCAUCACCAUCAGAACCAGAAGAAGCUGAGUAACAGGAUCCCAAUUGUGAGAUCCUUUGCUGAUAUUGGAAAGAAGCAAUCUGAGCCUCAUUCCAUGGAUAAAAAUGCAGGUCAGAUUGUUUCCCCCCAGUCUGCUCCAGCCUGUAUUGAAAACAAAAAUGAUGUGAGCAGAGAAAACAGCACUGUUGACUUUAGCAAGGUUGACCUACACUUUAUGAAAAAGAUACCGCCUGGAGCUGAAGCAUCAAACAUCUUAGUUGGUGAACUAGAGUUCCUGGACCGCGCGGUUGUUGCUUUUGUUAGGUUAUCCCCUGCAGUGCUGCUUACAGGACUAGCAGAAGUUCCGAUUCCAACAAGAUUUUUGUUUAUUCUUCUUGGACCACUGGGUAAAGGGCAACAGUACCAUGAGAUUGGAAGAUCAAUUGCAACACUAAUGACAGAUGAGGUGUUCCAUGAUGUUGCUUACAAAGCAAAAGACCGCAAUGACUUGGUGUCUGGAAUUGAUGAGUUUCUUGAUCAGGUUACUGUUCUCCCUCCUGGAGAGUGGGACCCAACAAUUCGAAUAGAACCACCUAAAAAUGUUCCCUCUCAGGAGAAGCGCAAGAUCCCGGGCGUGCCAAAUGGAACUGCAGCCCAUGGGGAAGCAGAGCAACCUGGAGGACACUCUGGACCAGAACUGCAACGCACUGGAAAAUUUUUUGGAGGAUUGAUUUUAGAUAUAAAAAGAAAAGCUCCCUUCUUCUGGAGUGACUUCAGGGAUGCUCUCAGUCUGCAGUGUCUGGCAUCAUUUUUGUUUCUCUACUGUGCUUGCAUGUCACCUGUCAUCACAUUUGGUGGUCUGCUGGGAGAAGCAACUGAAGGUCGUAUAAGUGCAAUAGAAUCGCUAUUUGGAGCAUCCAUGACUGGAAUUGCCUACUCCCUCUUUGGUGGACAGCCUCUCACUAUACUUGGAAGCACAGGACCAGUUUUAGUGUUUGAGAAGAUCUUAUUCAAAUUUUGCAAAGAAUACGGGUUGUCAUACCUUUCUCUGAGAGCUAGCAUCGGACUGUGGACUGCAAUCCUGUGCAUCAUCCUUGUUGCAACUGAUGCAAGCUCCCUAGUCUGCUACAUUACCCGGUUUACUGAAGAAGCUUUUGCUUCUCUUAUCUGCAUCAUUUUCAUUUAUGAGGCCUUAGAGAAGCUAUUUCAUCUCAGUGAGACAUAUCCAAUCAACAUGCAUAAUAAUUUGGAUCUGCUGACAAAGUACUCAUGCAAUUGUGUGGAACCAGAACAUCCUAGCAAUAAAACCUUACGAUACUGGCAGGACUACAAUAUAUCUGCAUCCGAUGUGCCAUGGGGGAACCUAACUGUGUCAGAAUGUAAAAAGUUUCAUGGAGAGUUUGUUGGACGAGCCUGUGGACAUCAUGGCCCUUAUGUUCCAGAUGUCCUCUUCUGGUCUGUCAUCUUAUUCUUUUCUACAGUAACGCUGUCAUCCACACUGAAGCAGUUCAAAACUAGCCGAUACUUCCCAACAAAGGUACGAUCCGUUGUCAGCGAUUUUGCUGUUUUUCUCACUAUUUUGUCCAUGGUUUUAAUUGACUAUGCCAUUGGGAUUCCGUCACCAAAACUUCAAGUUCCGAAUGCUUUUAAGCCCACCAGAGAUGAUCGUGGCUGGUUUAUCACUCCUUUGGGGCCUAAUCCUUGGUGGACAGUGAUAGCUGCUGUAAUUCCAGCCCUACUUUGCACUAUCCUUAUCUUUAUGGACCAGCAGAUCACAGCUGUCAUUAUCAAUAGAAAAGAACACAAACUGAAGAAAGGAUGUGGAUACCAUCUCGACCUACUCAUGGUGGCAGUCAUGCUUGGAGUGUGCUCUAUUAUGGGAUUGCCGUGGUUUGUUGCAGCUACUGUCCUCUCUAUUUCCCAUGUGAAUAGCUUAAAACUGGAAUCAGAGUGCUCUGCUCCAGGGGAGCAGCCAAAAUUUCUUGGAAUCCGUGAGCAAAGAGUCACUGGGCUCAUGAUUUUUAUCCUUAUGGGCUCGUCUGUCUUUUUGACAAGUAUCCUGAAGUUUAUUCCUAUGCCGGUACUUUAUGGAGUAUUUCUUUACAUGGGUGCUUCAUCUCUAAAGGGAAUUCAGCUUUUUGACAGGAUAAAGUUGUUCUGGAUGCCUGCAAAGCACCAGCCAGAUUUUAUUUAUCUGAGGCAUGUUCCUCUUAGAAAGGUCCAUCUCUUCACCAUAAUUCAGCUGAGUUGUCUUGUGCUUCUGUGGAUUAUAAAGGUUUCAAGAGCUGCCAUUGUCUUCCCUAUGAUGGUCCUAGCUUUGGUGUUUGUCCGAAAACUCAUGGAUUUCUUUUUUACUAAGCGGGAGCUCAGCUGGUUAGAUGAUUUGAUGCCUGAGAGCAAGAAAAAGAAACUGGAAGAUGCUGAGAAAGAGGAAGAGCAAAGUAUGCUAGCAAUGGAAGAGGAAGGAACUGUUCAGUUACCACUGGAAGGACAUUACAGAGAUGACCCAUCUGUGAUAAACAUUUCGGAUGAAAUGGCAAAAACUGCUGUGUGGAAGACAUUGUUGAUAUCCUCAGAGAAUGCAAAAGAUAAGGAGUCAAGCUUUCCUUCUAAAAGUGCUGAAAUCAGAAAAGAGAAGAAAGCUGACUCAGGGAAAGGUGUUGACCGGGAGACUUGUCUAUGACUUGUUCUUCAACUAAUUUUUUUACAAAUGAAUGAAAGGAGUGCCACAACCACUAAAUAGAUAUGAUUUACCGUGUAACUUUUGUCUUUCAUCUCAAACUAGCACAGGUAAUGUAGUGCAAUAUUUGUCUCAUUUCACCUUGUCUACAUAUCUGUAUCAUCUAGUAUCUGUGUAAACGUCUGCAGUAGCCAAUGCAAAAAAAUCUUUAUGUUCUUUGCUGAUACUGGCCGUUUAUCAGUGUUUGUACCAGAAAUCUAACAAGCAAAUUUUCUUUCAAAUUCAACUUUCCUGGUAAUAGGUUUGUACUGUAUUUUACUACUUUUUCUGUGUGAGAAUACUUACUGAUCUUCAUUCAAGAUUAAAAACCACCUAA